GUUGGCUUCUAGGGGUGCCCCACUUUGGGCUCGCAGUGAGGCCAUGGCAGAGCCAGAGGAUUUGCCUGACUUCGAUGCGGAGGACACCAAGGAUGGAGCUUCCACUGGAGGCGGAUUUGCCAGGGGCACUGGCAGCAUCUCGGCCUCGGGGUUCAAGGAUUUCCUCCUGAAGUCGGAGCUGCUGCAGGCCACCGUGGACUGCGGGUUCGAACACCCGUCAGAGGUACAGCACGCGUGCCUGCCUCAGGCCAUGCUCGGCUCCGACGUUCUUUGCCAGGCGAAAUCCGGCAUGGGCAAGACGGCGGUGUUUGUGCUCGCCUGCCUGCAGAAUUUGGAGGUCUCACAAACAGCCGUCAAGGUGCUGGUGAUUUGUCACACCCGGGAGCUGGCGUUCCAGAUUGAGCUGGAGUUCAAGCGACUGGGCCGGAACAUCAGCGGCCUCAAGACCGGCUCCGUCUUCGGAGGGCGGCCCCUGGAUCAGGACAAGGAGCUUCUGCAGCCGAGCAACUGCCCUCACAUCCUGGUGGGUACUCCUGGACGUGUCCUUCAGCUUGCCAAAGAGGGGCUCCUGAAAUUAGACCACUUGAGCACCUUCGUGCUGGACGAAUGCGACAGGUGUAUCGACCAGCUGGACCUCCGUAAGGACGUGCAGCAGAUCUUUAUCAGGACGCCCAAGAAGAAGCAGGUGAUGAUGUUUAGCGCGACCUUGAGUCCCGGCACCCGAGAUAUUUGCAAGAAGUUCAUGCAGUGUCCACACGAGAUCACCGUGGACGAGUCAAAGCUUACUUUGCAUGGAUUGCUCCAGUACUACGUCAGACUCGAAGAGAAGCACAAGAACAAGACGUUGUUCGACUUGCUGGACACAUUGGAGUUCAAUCAGGUGGUGAUCUUUGUGAAGUCCGUGCGCCGCGCCAUGGCGCUGGAUGGAUUGCUGCAGGAGAACAACUUCCCGUCCAUGACGCUGCAUCCGUUGCCCAAGGCCUUCUCCCACAAGGCCAAGAAGGGCGACGUGGUCGCCGCGGACACCAACCGCAUCGACCGCUUCCAGGCCUUCAAGUCCUUCAAGAAGCGCAUUCUGGUGGCCACGGACCUCUUCGGCCGUGGAAUGGACGUGGAGAAGGUGAAUAUCGUUAUCAGUUACGACAUGCCUGAGGACAGUGACAUGUAUUUGCACCGGGUGGGCCGUGCCGGCCGCUUUGGCACAAAGGGCUUGGCCGUCACCUUCUGCGCCACAGACGCCGAUUAUCAGGUGCUGACAAAGGUGCAAGAGCGUUUCGAGGUGAGCAUACCUACCAUGCCCGACUCGAUCGACAAAACCUCCUAUCUCAAUGCGUGAGCUGAGGUGAGCGAUCUGAGGAUGUCGAAUGCACCGAAGUAAUGAAGG